UAACAAAGCAAGUUCCAGCGGGAACCAUGGCUUCCCGUUCACGUUACUGUUUAACAAAAUUUCUUAUCCUCCUUUGAUUUUAAUCCAGUCUUCCUUUCCUAACUUUUUCGAUUUUGUUGUUGAGGCCAUGGGUAGCGUUCAACUCCUCUUCGCUGGCUUCAUCAUCCUAAUUUCUCUAACACCCAAUUCUGUGGAAGCAAAUUUUUAUCAGAGCACUGUUCCUGUUUGGGGCCAAGAUCGUGCUGUCAUUUACAACAACGGCUGGGACCUGGAGCUCUGGAUGGACCAGUCAUCAGGGUCUGGAAUAAAAUCAAAACGGGAAUUCUUGUUCGGGAGUCUGGAGAUGCACAUAAAACUUGUCUCAGGCAACUCUGCAGGCACAGUCACGGCAUAUUAUUUGACAUCUUUUGGAGACGCCCACGACGAGAUCGACUUUGAGUUCCUGGGAAAUGUAUCAGGCCAACCGUAUACAAUCCACACCAACAUCUUCAUACAAGGUGUAGGUGCCAAAGAACAGCAAUUCAAGCCCUGGUUCGACCCUUCAGCAGAUUUUCACAACUACACCAUUCACUGGAAUCCCUACCAAAUUGUGUGGUUCAUUGAUGGGAUACCUAUUAGGGUUUACGAGAACCAUGAGAAUGCUGGCAUCCCCUUCCCUAACAAGCAAGGAAUGAGGAUGUACACCAGCCUGUGGAAUGGCGAUAACUGGGCAACCCAAGGUGGGAAGAUGAAGGUUGACUGGAGCAGUGCGCCAUUUGUUGCAAGAUUCAGCAGGUUUAGCCCAAAAGCAUGCAAAUGGCAAGGCCCAAGAAGCAUCUCAGAGUGCUCCUCGCCUUCCCUUCGCAAUUGGUGGACCAGACCUUCCUUGCAGAGGCUCAGCUAUGCUCAGUUGGGUCAAUUGAGGUGGGUAAGAGAGAAUUUCAUGAUCUAUGACUACUGCAGGAACCCUAAGAGGUUCCAUGGCAAUCCGCCUCCAGAAUGUUAUCGUUCACGGCUUGUUUAAUGGUUUCUUUAUUCCUCAAAAUAAAUGAAUUACUGACUAGGUAUUAACUUGGGUUUGAUUCGACGGGUUAAAAUUCCAUGAUAUAUAUCAGGCCUUUCCCUUUAUGUUUCAUAGCUUUCUAUUUACUAAUUGAUGCAUCCUUAUACAUACAUUCAUACAUA